AUGAAGUACUCAACCACCUUCAUUAUCGGAGCAGUCACGGCUGUCUCCCAGCUCUCCCAAGCUGCCCCGACCAACAACAACCGCAACCACGACGACAGCAACAGCAGCAACAACAACCUCGUCACCCGUAUUGCUGGUAGCAGCUCUCUCCCCACCGCGGCUCUCGACCCGCUUGUCAUCCUCUCUCCCGAUGAGGUCUUCCCUAUUCCCCAACAAUUCAACAACAACAACGAUGACGGCGGCAAUGAUACCGAUGCCAAUGCCGUUGUGAAGAACUCUCCUGGCAAGCCUAGCAACCGUUUCCAUCGGGAGAAGCCGUCCUCUUCCUCUUCCUCUUCCAAGGAGGACUACGGCAAGGACUACGGCAAGGACUACGGCAAGGAUCACGGCAAGGAUCACGGCAAGGAUCACGGCAAGGAGGAGGGCAAGGGGGAGAAGGGUGCUAAGGCUUCUUCAGCUUCAGCUGCUCCUGCUGCUCACUCUGCUCACUCUGCUCCUCCUAAGCACUUUGGUGGCCAUCAGCAGCCUGGACUCAUUGAGCCUUCCACUGCCAAGUCUGACAAGACUGCGUCGUCUACCCCCGUCGCCACUCCUGUCAAUGCCACCGGCGGCUCUUCUGCUUCUGCCACCGACAAGAAGGAGUCCAACUCCAACGAGGUCAAGCCUACCGCGACCAACAAGGAGGAGGCUGAGGAUGCCAAGUUCACCGUCCACAUCAACUAUCAUCCUCACAAGAGCAGCGAUGACGAAUUCUUGGACUACCUCGGCGAUGUCUUCGGUGGUGGUGCGCCGAGAAAGUUCCUUGACAAGCUCUUGGAGAAAUUUGGAUCCAAGGAGGUCGUGGUUUCGGCCGGGAAGGAAGCCCUGGCAUACUUGGGGAUUGCUGUAGAUGAUGGCAAGAAGGACUCUGACAAGAAGGACUCCGACAAGAAGGACUCUGACAAGAAGGACUCUGACAAGAAGGACUCUGACAAGAAGGGCUCUGACAAGAAGGACUCUGACAAGAAGGGCUCUGACAAGAAGGACUCCAAGAAGAAGGAUGUGUGGGAGUGGAUGUUAGAGCAGGAAGAAGCUAGGCUUGAGCGUUUGAGAGCCGAGCUUCAGUAUUUCCACGGCAAGAAGCCCGAGGACAAGAAGGAGGACGGCAAGUCCAAGGACGAGAAGGCCGCCAAGGAGGAGUCCAAGGGCGACAAGAAGUCCGAGGAUAAGAAGGAACCCAGGGACGAGAAGAAGCCUAACGACCAGGCCCCCAAGUUCGGCCACGAGCAGUGGCCCAAGAAGGAGGGUGAGAAGCCCUCUUUUGGCGGCCACAAGUCCUCCAAGGAGGACGAGAA